AUGGGUUCAGAAGAUUCCCCAGAACUUGGAGCUGUUGAUGAACCCAGACCACCAUCAGCAUCCCUCUCUAGUCUGUCCUUGAGAGAGUUGCAUCAACUCAUAGUAAGUGCUCCCUUAUACAUACUGUCACCAUUAUUAGUAUCCAUAUUUCUCUUCAGUUGCAGUAGAGGUGAUGGAACCAAUGACAACACCCAGGGAAAUUUCAUCCUUUUGGGGUAUUCUGAUCGUCCCCAUCUGGAGAGAAUCCACUUUGUGGUCAUCUCGAUUGCAUAUCUCCUGACACUUGUGGGCAAUACUACCAUAAUCCUGGUGUUCCGGCUGGACUUCCACCUCCACACUCCCAUGUACUUCUUUCUCACGCACCUCUACUUCCUGGACCUCAGUUUUAGCACAAGCUCCAUCCCCCAGCUUCUCUGUAACCUGAGUGGAGGUGACAAGACCAUCAGCUACACUGGCUGUGUUGUCCAGCUCUUCCUAUUCCUGGGUCUGGGUGGUGUGGAGUGUCUGCUCCUGGCAGUCAUGGCAUAUGUCUGCUUUGUUGCAGUCUGCAAGCCCCUUCAAUCCAUGGUGAUCAUGAAUCCAUGCCUCUGCAUGGCCUUGGUGUUGGUGGCUUGGGGCUGUGGGAUGGCCAUCUCCUUGGCCAUGUCCCCAGUUACCCUGCUCUUACCACACUGUGGGAACCACCAUGUGGACCACUUCCUGUGUGAGAUGCCUGCCCUGAUCAGGAUGGCCUGUGUCAAUACAGCUGCUAUUGAGGGCACUGCCUUUGUCCUGGCAGUGGGCAUUGUGCUGUCACCUCUGGUACUUAUCCUGGUCUCCUAUGGCUACAUCAUGAGGGCAGUGUUACAAAUUCAGUCGUCAGGGAGGCAAAAGGCUUUCAACACCUGUGGCUCCCAUCUCACGGUGACCUCACUUUCCUAUGGAAACAUAAUGUACAUGUGCACGCAACCUGGGAACAGCUCUUCCCAAGACCAGGGCAAGUUCCUCACCCUCUUCUACAACAUCAUCACCCCUCUCCUGAUCUUCCUGAUCUUCACCCUCAGAAACAAAGAGGGGAAUGGGGCACUGAGGAGGCUGAUGCUGUGUGACGGAGAGUUUCUUUCUGAAUGGGUUAGCAGUGUUGGAAGGACUGAGAAGAAAGAAAUAAUUUAUCAAGGACACAGGCAAAGUAGUAGACCAAGAGUGUUUUCAAUUGCUGAGUCACAACGGAUAAUUGCACUUUUAACCCAACCACCAUUCUGUGAGGAAGCCCAACUAGUCCAAAGGGAGACCCAAAUGGAGAGUUAUUAACAUCCCAAGCCUCCAGCUCCAACUGAGCUUCAAGUCAACAGCCUGCACCAACCUGCCAGCCAUGUGAGUGAGCCAUCUUGUAACUGGAACUUCUAGACUCCAGUCAAGUUGUCCCAUCUGAUAUCAGGUCACAUCUGACAAGAGCCACCUACGCUAAGCCCUGUCCAAAUUUCAAAUUUACAAACAAAAUAAAUAAUUAUUG